CACCGAGCUCGAGCGAGUAAUCUCGCCGAACAUCAGCGCCGCUACCGAGACAUUGACGGGCAGGGACAGAGCGCCGAAUAACAAAGCCUAUCGAGCUCUGCAUGCUGGAACGAUAGCCGUUCAGCCCCUAGCGAAGCAAUGGCGGACUCGCUACACAACGCGCCGAUAGUACUGGACAAUGGCUCCGGCACGAUACGAGCUGGCUUCGCCGGAGAGGACGUGCCCAAGUGCCAUUUCCCCUCCUGGGUGGGGAGGCCGAAGCAUCUGCGUGUCCUGGCGGGCGCGUUAGAGGGCGAGGUAUUCAUCGGCCAGAAAGCAGCAACCGAGCUGCGCGGCCUGCUCAAGAUUCGAUACCCGCUCGAGCACGGUAUCGUCACGGACUGGGACGAUAUGGAGAAGAUAUGGGCAUAUGUCUACGACGAAGGGCUAAAGACCCUGAGCGAAGAGCACCCCGUCCUGCUCACCGAACCGCCCCUCAACCCCCGGUCCAACCGCGACACAGCCGCCCAGAUCCUCUUCGAGACCUUCAACGUGCCUGCUCUCUACACAUCAAUCCAAGCCGUCCUGUCCCUGUACGCGAGCGGCCGGACAACAGGUGUGGUACUGGACGCGGGCGACGGCGUGUCUCAUGCGGUACCGGUGUAUCAAGGUUUCACGGUGCCCAAUAGCAUACGGCGAAUCGACGUGGCCGGGCGAGACGUAACCGAAUAUUUGCAGACCCUGCUCCGCAAGAGCGGCUACGUCUUCCACACGAGCGCCGAAAAGGAGGUGGUGCGGCUGAUCAAGGAGGCCGUCACGUACGUCGCCAAGGACCCCCGCAAGGAGGAGAAGGAGUGGGCAGCGGCCAAGCUGGACCAGAGCAAGAUUGCGGAAUACGUGUUGCCGGAUGGCAACAAGCUCAAGAUCGGCGCAGAACGGUUCCGCGCGCCGGAAAUCCUCUUCGACCCAGAGCUCAUCGGCCUCGAAUACCCCGGCGUGCACCAGAUCGUGGUCGACUCGAUCAACAGGACGGAUCUCGACCUGCGCAAAGACCUGUACUCCAACAUCGUGCUGUCUGGAGGGAGCACGCUCACCAAGGGAUUCGGCGACCGCCUGCUGUCCGAGGUACAACGCGUCGCCGUCAAGGACAUGAGGAUAAAGAUCUUUGCCCCGCCAGAACGAAAGUACUCGACCUGGAUCGGCGGCAGUAUUCUGGCAGGUCUCAGCACAUUUAGAAAGAUGUGGGUCAGCAUCGACGACUGGCACGAAAACCCCGACAUCAUCCACACCAAGUUUACCUAAGAACGCAUCCGUUGAGAGGAGGACGGGAUGCUUCACUCGGCAUGGUAUGCGGCGCGCGCUGUCUUGGGGUUCAGCGGUGCC